AUGUCUGGCAGGCUAGAUCAAUCUCUCGACUCCAUCAUUGAUAGCCAGAAGAAGGCGAAGCGCGAAGCUCGCCGUCGCAAGGUCGGAAAGUCAACUGGUCCCACUGCUCCCGUCGGUGGUGUCAAGAAGGCAACCAAACCAGCAAAGUCCGCCAUCAAACCUUCUGCCGGCGCUGCAGCUCAAUCACGUCCAAGCAAGAUCGUUGUCAGUGGAUUGCUAACUCUUACUGCAGCCAUUCGACGUCAACGAAGCCCAGAUCAAGGUAUGUUGAUAAAGAGGCUUUCGACCUUGGAUCCCAUCGCCGCUUAUCACGGCCUGUUAUUCUUUGGCUCUUUACGCGACCGUGUCCGAUAA